AACCCUUCCCGGCCUUGGUUUCAGCAGACAACUGUUACGUACGCGCGAUCAUGAGCUAAUGUCCAUACGCUAUAGUAAAACCUUUCACCCCUACAGGAAAUGGACUGGGCCGGUCGGCGGGGUCAGCCAACUGCAACACACAUUGGGGCCACCACGCAUCACUUGACCACGAGCCUUUCGGGGCGUUCAGCAGCAGACGGCUCUUAGCUGGCGCGUUUAGUUUUUUACUAUCAGUGUAUAGCAGCUCGCCAAGUCAACGGGGCUAGACUUCGGAGAUAGAAGUUACACCAGCCGAAGUGGAGUCGCCCUUAGUAUUUGAGUGAUCCACAUGUUUCAGCGCGGACAUUGGCCAAACAUUUACUGUUACACAUGUGCUGAGUGACACAAUUCCUAGAAUGACCAGUCUUCGCUAACAGCUAGCCGUGUCGCCAAGCACUCCGAUAUAGUGGCAGCGGUCAAUAUACCGUGGCUCAACGGGAGUUAUUUAUAGGACUCAGGACAGCGGUCAGCAAGCCCCUCCCACCCAAUAAGCUUGGGUCACCUUAGAUGAACCCACUCCGGUAGCCGAGUAGACGGCUCGCGACUUGACGGAAGGACAGAAGGAAGAAGCUAGACAGGGAGAAAUACGGCAGGUGCGGGAAAUUGUUACCCAUGAUUCAGCUGGAAAGGCCGCCAUCUUUGUUGAUACUCUUUGUCCAGAUGUAAAGCGACAAGUUCACGAUUUUAAUGUUGAGGCCAUGUCACGGCGAAAACAGGGCCGACCACAGCAGCGGAAAGCCACGGACUCAUUGGAACAGGAGAAUGACCUGCUGGUGUGCGGAGACUGCCAGGCCAACUUCCCUCUCCGGGAUAUCCUGCGCUUCAUCCGCCACAAGGUCCGGCGCUGCAACAAGGAGAACAUCGACUUGCUUGAUGGUGUCGACUUUGACGAAGACGAUGCAGACUCCGAAACUGCAGCCUUGGCAUGCAUUGGCUCUAAACGGCCCAGCAUUUCCGCUCCAAUCACUCGCAAAGAGUCGAUUGAGAGUCGCCCCUCGCCCCGCCCCUCAUUGGACUCACAGAAAGACCUCAACUUUGAUGACAAACCGCCGCCGCCCCUACAGCACAUGGUUACAGAUGAAGACGAUAUACAGGACGAGGCGAAAGAGAGAGUACCUCUGAUGCCCAAACAGGUUGUGGAUGCGGAAUCCAACACAACAUUAUCAGAACCCUCCAAGUUUGUGUGCGAGAACUGCAAAUCAACAUUCACUUCAGCAUGGACCCUGCUGCAACACGCUCAAAAAGAACAUGGUAUGAAGAUCUACACAACCCCACCUCCCCCACUAGACAUCUCAACGCCAUCACCCAGACCAAGCACCGAGCAUCGAACUCCUCCUUCGGUAAUCAGCAGUGGGCCAGAGUCGCCAUUUCCACACCCGUCACCUUUCCCUCCAUUUCGCCUCCCCCUGGAGAAUGUCCAGCCCCCUCACCACGGCUCACCGCUGCACAUCAGCUCGCCCCUCAGUCCCUUCAACCGUCCACCACAUGGGCUGGAUUUCCCCCUCGAAAUGAUGAACGAGCAUCACCCCUUCAGGAUGAGACCCAAUCUGAUUGGUAUGUCACCAGGGAUGGAGCAUCAUCAUCAUCAUCAUCCACCUCCUCCUCCUCCUCCAUUCAGCCAUCCAGCAUUUGAUCCGGCAUCCAGAUCACGACACUCAAUAGAAUCACAUAUGGAUUUUUAUUCAAAGCGAUUACAACAGCUGGCUCAUGCAACUCCUGUGAUGCAGAAGCAAGGCCCUCCAUUUACCCAGGCAGCAUCUGUACUGACAUCUUUGCAUCAGCAUCAACAUCAACAACAACAGCAACAGCAGCAGCAGCAACAGCAACAGCAGCAACAAAAUUCACCACAGAUGCAAAGGCAAUCGCCUCAGAAUCAACAAUCGCAGCCCUCAAGACAUCAAGAAGGUGUUCAAAGCCAUCCUCAAGAUGGUAUCUCAAGACAUCUAUCUCCAAAUGCAAACAAGCCUCUCACUAACAAAGCUUGUGAAUUCUGUGGCAAGACAUUUAGAUUUCAAAGUAACCUUAUUGUUCAUCGAAGGUCACAUACAGGGGAAAAGCCAUUCAAAUGCCCACUGUGUCCACAUGCUUGCACCCAACAGAGCAAGUUGAAACGCCACAUGAAGACACAUAUGAAUAAAUCACCACUAUCUGGUGUCUCAGGCUCCAAUGCCUCCAACUCUGAUGGCAGUGUUCCAUCUAGUAGCAGUACGCCAGAUUCCAACAAGAACAUCUUCCUGAAGCUGGAUGGUACAGGCUUUGGAUUGGAGGAUGAUGAUGAUGAAGAGGAUGAGGAUGAAGAUGAAGAUGAUGAAGAGAUGAUGGACGAAGACUUGGAGGAGGAUGAGAUUGAGGCCAUGAAUGAGGAGGCCGAGGAGGAUCGGCGUGCCCAGGAGGGGCAGACCCAUCAGGUUAGUGCUGACCGUAUCAAUGAUGAUCAGCAACAACUGGCGGGGGACCACAGCAACAACGACAUGGACAGUCGCAGCAAUGAUAACCGCAGCAUAGAUAAUCGCAGUGUUGACAACCCCAGCAAUUGUUCUGACAAAGAUCAGGGGUCUACUGAUGGCAACUAUGUGAACCACAACGGCACCCCUUCAGGGGCGGGAUCUCCAGAGCUUAAAGAUAAACCUCAGACGUCCAGUUUGCUCACUGAGGUGAUGGAGAACUCUGGUUUGAAAAACAUUCAACAAUACAACGAAGCUUUUAGACAAGCUCUAGAAGAGAACAACUACAGGCAUGACAGCUCAAAGGAAUCUGACACUGAGAGAGAGAAGGAGGAGAAUGGACGAAGUAGUAGUGAGGACCUCAAGAGAGAGUACUCCCCAACUCAGAUGUCUCCCAGUGACAGGUUCCCCCUCUCUCACCCACUCCACAGUGCUUUUAGUUAUGGUAGUCCGAUCUCAGGACCAAGUCCUAUCUCAGACCUGCACCUCAAGCAUGGCAUCAAGCGAGAGCCAACCUCCGAACCCCUCAGCAACAUGGAGGCUGCUAUAUAUUCCCGUUACUGGUUUCCCCCUGCUAAUCCUCUGCGGGACAUCUACCCUGCUCUCAACCCAUUUGGAUUGCAUAGAGAUUUUGGGAGAGAACAGAAUGGCUUCAACUCGGCAGCAGCCGAAAGUGCCUUGAAAGCUCUAGGUAUGCCAAAACCUGGCCCAAGUACACCUUCGUCUCCCGUCAAUGGCAACCCUCUCGCUCGAAAAGAUAGUCGACGGAACGAUACUUGUGAAUAUUGUGGAAAGGUGUUUAAGAACUGCAGCAAUCUGACAGUCCAUCGUCGCAGCCACACGGGUGAGAAACCGUACAAGUGCGGCUUGUGCAACUAUGCAUGUGCCCAAUCAAGUAAGCUCACACGACAUAUGAAGACACAUGGGCGACUUGGUAAAGACGUCUUUAGAUGCAAAUUCUGCAAUAUGCCCUUUUCUGUGCCAAGCACACUGGAGAAGCACAUGCGGAAAUGUGUAGAGAGCAGACAAGCUGGCCGGCUUCAAAUGACCGAGAGUGAGCGUCAGGGACUUUUGUCCAACGGUGGUGAUAGCCGAUCUAGCGGGAUGAUGACCGAUAUCGAGAACCGCACAGGAGGGUCGAUGGCCGAUAUCGAAACCCGCACGGCAGGAAUGAUAAACGACAUCGAGAAUCGUCCAGGACUGAUGGCUGACAUUGAUGGUCGUCAACCAGGAUAUCCAGAUAUGGAUGGUCGUCGGCCGGGAUUUCCAGACAUGGAAAAUCAUCGGCCAGUUGGCUUGAUGGGUGACAUUGACACAUCGGACACCAGUAGUACCACUGCUUCAAACCUAUGAUUGCUCACUCAGCGUAGAGACAUUUAUAUCAUACCUUGUUGAUUAUUGACACUAUUGUUAUUUCUUAUUUUAAGAUGUUUCUUUCUAUGGCACAAAGUAACACUGAUUAUCUAUCCAAUGAACGAUUCAUGUAUGAAACACUUGAAAAUACUCACAUUCUCUUUCCUUUCUUACUGCCAUAUUCAUGUUAAUGCUUACGAUGCUCUCUGGUUUUGGAGUCUAAAUGCCAAGUUAUACUACAAAAGUAAUCCGUCUUGUUUCAGUAUGGUUGUACAGACGUGUAGGCGUGGUUAGGGGGAUGCUGUUAUAAAGUCAUAUUGCACAGGGGAGGGACCCAGCUAACCAACCACCAAUCUUGUCUGUAGAGCGAUACCAUUGAUAUUGGUACCAGUCCAACUUUAGCUGUUUGAUAACUGUUUGAAUGUUAUGCACUGCACUUCAUAUACACACACGAGACAGUAAUCUGUCAAGUCAUGUGACCUGUUGAUAGGUGUCCACGAUAGCCCACAUGAACGGUGUAAUCUAGCGUGUUGGAUGUCCACCAGUACUUGACAGGGUCCUAUUUUAAGUACACUCUGUACAUUUGAAUGCCAUACCGUGGCUGAAAUAUGUUGUAACAUUUCCAUCACAUUGUUGUGACUUGUAUGCUUUGGUUAAGACAGAGAUCAGCUAUUUCACAUAUAAGCAGAAAUCUUGCCAAGAAAUGUCAGUCUCCCUGUGAUGAUCUUCAUGUUCAGUGAUAAGUUUCUCUAGAGCAGCUACCCACAGGAAAAAGGAUCCCGAGUGGUAUGGAUCACACGAUUGUUAAGUGCUGUUUAGUAUUGCAUGGUCACCUGUAUGUUCCUAGUUUUACCAUCACAGUAGUCUGUGUAUCAAAGUGCUAUGGCAUGAUUGUCUCAAUAAUUUUACUUGGUUAAUCAAUUAAGGGUUAUCCUAUCAUCUGUAAGUGCUAUUGUUAUUUUAUUUACAACUUGUUGUUUGAUAAUGCCCCCGAUUGUUAGUGCUGUUUUUAAAGUUACAUAUAUGAGAUAUUGUAGAUUUUUAUGUCUUGUUUUAACUGUCUUUAAGAAGUGGCAGUAUAUAAGAACAAUGAAAUCAGUUUUGUAUGAUGAGCGUUCCACUAGGGGCAUAACGAUACAAGGGAUGAGAUCAGAUAUGUAUCGCGAUACAAGGAUUGCAGUAUGAUUGUACCAUUUUACAAAAAUUGAAUGUUCGAGGUUUACACCAUUUUUUUGUUAAGUUUCCUUUUAAUGAGCACCUUUUGGUAUCUUCUCGUUCAAAUUGUGAAAAAAUUUAGGUAUCAUUCGUGUAACAAUACAGACUUGUAAACCAUUGUAUCACAGCGGUAUCGUUUCCCCCUAGUUUCCAACAUAUUUCAGUCACACCUAUCCUCCCGCAGCAGCUAACAGUGCUAAAUGUACCUAACAUCACCCUGUUGCAACAUCGUACUCAUGUGUCUGAGUGGGCCAUAUUGACUGGUGCUUUGUGGGAGUUAGAUUAUACCGUUACUAUUGUGUUAAUUAUACUAGAACCAUAGUGCCUAAGGAUUACUGUGUACAAAGAUAAUACUACUUUGGGGUUCUGGAAAACAAUGUUUUUUAUGGCUUCGAAGAAGCCCACAAGAUGGACUGAGUGAGUGUGUGUGGUUAUCCAAUAGUUUAGAUGUUAUAUUUUUUCUGUCUAUUCUACAGGUAGAGAAAGAUUUUACUCUUGCUUAUUACCUUAGUCAGGUCAAAUACUGACUAUAAACCCAUACCUGUGAAAAAGACUAACUUUCUGAAAAAAUAUACUAUACCUUGUUUGGCUUAAAGCUUCCUGCAGUGUUGGAUUGCCUAUAGCUUGAAAAGCUGUUUGUUCUUAAUGCUUCCAUAUGCAAAGUGAAUAUUUUCAUCUGUUUGUGUUUCCUUGUCAAAGUUUACUUGAAAAGUAGGUCUGUAGCAAGCACUUGGUCAGUGCCACCAUAUGUUCGGCCAAACGCACUGGGGCAGCUGGUAGCUUGAAGAAACAUUGGACAAUUACAAGCAACACUGUGUCUGUGCAGGGGAAGAUAACUCCAUAGUUGAAAACUAUUGUUUAAUGGCAGCAGAACUUGUUAAAUUGAGUUGCCUUGAAAAAUUGACAUAUGCUGAGGAUUUUGCCAAGCCUUCGCCUACAAACAGGAUUGUGGUGAUGUUGAGAGGGCAAUGUUUGUUGUGCCAGGAGUGUUAGCAAGUCCUCCAAGAAUGCCUGGACGUGAUUGGACGGCCGCUAGCAUCGCCGCCAUCAUUGUUGUUGUUGUCAUCGACAUGGAAUUAUGGUCCUUUUGAAGCAGGGACGAGAAAUGGUGAUACUUUUUUAAUAUGCAACUACUGCCAGUUAGACUGGGAAGCGCAUAAUGGGACUUGAUCCGGGAGAAGCAAGAGUGAAACUCCUGUACUCCAAGGAUCAUAAAGGGCUGUUGAAUCCGGUGCGGUUUGUUUUGCAACUAAUAUACGGCAGCUAGUGAGCUAGAGGUGAAAGCAUGUGAGGGCUUUUAUUACACAGUUACUACUUGAAAAACUUUGCAAAACUUAUCAAUUAGCAGUGUUUUAGUUACUUAUUGCAUGGUUAAUGUGUUGUUGGCGGUGCAGACGAGCAUAUGACUACAAUUAUAGACAGUGUAUCCGCUAUUUUGUAUUUAGCUUGAAAGGCUAUAGCUGACCCUAUCACUGCGGCCUGGUGCAGUCUAAAACACCCUGGACUUCUCUGUCCGUGCAAUACGCUAUUUAUUGCAUUAUUGCAUAGUAUUCUUUGUUGGGCUAAAAGCUGAUUGGAUAAUGUCUGUUUUUUGUAUAAAUAAUUUCAGACCAGUCAAACCUUAGAUCUGUGGGUGCAAGAUUUGAAUCAUGCGCCUGGAAUUGGGAAACCAGAACUGCAAAGACAGAGAUAGUAUUUGAAAUCAUUUGCAAGUGUUGAUGUGUUCAUGAUGGCGAUUCAGCCCUCGGACAAUACAAGGGUUGACUGGUUUGAUAAUUACGAUAACUGUACAUUAAGUUAAGAAUAUUUCGGUGAAGAAUUACAAAAAAAAACCUUGUUAUGUUUUCAAAAUGAACAGCAACAAUUUGGUGCCAUAUAUAUGUAGUAAUUGAACGUGAGACUAGGUUAACUAUUUGCCUACAUGAUGAUUGUGAAUCCAAGAACACUGGUCCAGAAGCACCGGAGGUUGGAGUAGAACAAUAGACCACUAGAAAUAGUUUAUUUUUGAUGCUUUGUGUUGAUAUUUAUCAAGUUCCAACUGUAGUAUCAGUCCUGAUUGGAAAUGACCACACGAGAUGUCCUAUACUAUGUCUGAUACUAGGGUUGUGUGUCCAGUCCUCCUCAUACACACUAUAAUGUCACGAGUUGUGAAGCUGUACCAUGAGGAGGUGCAAUGAUAAAGACAUUGCCUGCUCCAGAAGAAUGCAGCACCACCAGUUGUGCAGUACGAGAACCAGUGUGAUCUGUUGUCCAUGACAAGAAUGCAGCACAAAUUGUUGGUCCACUACAAGAAUUAACGCCAUCUGUUGUCCACUACAAGAACGUAGCGUAAAUUGGUCAAGAACAAGAACACAGCGUAAUUUGUUGGUAAAGAACACAAAUACAGUGCCAUCUGUUGUCCAGUAUAGAUCUGCAGCGCCAUCGGUAAUCCGGAAUGGGACAGCAGUGCCAUCAGUUGUGUAGUAUGAGUCCUAGCACCAUCUGUUGUCCAGUUCUAGAUCACAGUGCAUCAGUUGUGCAGUAUGAGACCACAGUGCACCCUUUCGUGCAGUGUAAGGACUGACACGUCUCGACUACGCUGACUAUGUGUAUAAGUUUAUGUGUAUAAGGGUUGUCCUGACUUUACUAGUUUAAUUCUGAAAACUGUUGGGUUUCGUUUUCUCCAAGUGCCAUACAUUUAUAUUACUCACCAAUGUAUUCAUGGCUGAAGGGUGGAUCCUUUGUUCUAAAACACCUUCCAGUGUUUCUUUUUUUGACAUUUGUGGGGCAUUUCAUUUGUUGAAGAAAGAUUUGUAGCAAAACGUCCAAUUUUUAAGGACUUAAAAUUCAACAAUUUAUGCGGGUGUUAUUUAUGGAUUUUGGGGGAAAGAUGUAAGCUGAAGAUUGUUGUCCAUUAUGUCGACUGCAUGUUCUGGACAGAUUUGUAAACAGUUCACUUCAGUACAUUUUUGCAAGGUUCCAUUUAUGUUGUUCUCUGUGGGGUUUUUUUUCCUUAAAAAUAAUAAAUCUCUCAAAGGUUUAUGACUUUGAAAUCCAUAAUUUGAACCACAAACAUUUUGUACAGUAAAUUGACUAUUGGAAUAUUACAUUUCUUUUACAUUAGAUACAGUAUGUGGUCAUACAUUUACACUUUUAGUAAUGUAAGAGUCGUGUGACUGUUUUUUUAAGUUAUUAAGUCUACUCCAAAUUGUAUAGGAAAUUCUGUUGCUUGUAAUUGCACAAACUCUUGUCUGUUUACAUUAUGAUCUUAUGUAUGGUUCUUUUGUAAUUCUGAUUUAAUCAGACAGACUUUACUAGGAAUGUUAUCUCAAAUGAAUAGAUAUUUAAAGUGAUUUUUAAGAUUUACAGUUGUUGUACAGUUAAGACAUGUUGUUUGUGUUUUCAGUGUUAAAACUCAACUUUUUUACGCAUCUAAUGACUGUUACUCAUCACUGAAGAUUUGAUUGAAUACAAUUAUUAAGGACAACGUUUUGCUACAUAUUUUACUGGCGCCAACUUGGGAGAAUCCUUUGUAACAUUUAUUCAGAAUUUGCAUGGUUUACUUGAAAACUAAACCUAACAAUGAUAUGAAAUGUUGCAUUUUUUUCAAUAUAUUUCCCUAACCCCUAAGCUCAUCUGAACUCUCUUCUUUAACAUGUUCAAUUUCUGAUGUCUUCUAACUUGUAUCAACAUCAUGACACGAUUGUGUUUUACUAGAGUUUUGCUUCAGCUGCUUGUGUAAAUGUUGCAUGUCCCGCCCCUCCCCCUGUCAGAGCCAUGGGGGGUGGGGCAGUGUCUACAAGGGACCCUGCUCCCAUUCUUGUUACAUACAAUUCAUUUGAAUCUUGAACAUUUUCAUUUGUAUACUGUGUGUAGUUUUGCUCAUGUUAUAUAGAUCCAGAUGUAACAUAGAGGGUCUUGAAACGGAUUGAAAAUGGCAUUUAAUGAAUUAUUAAUUACAAUUUGAUUCCACUGUAGAUUGGUAAAUUCCAUCCUCAUUUCUCCCCGGUUCUGUUAUUUGAUGUUUCCAUACAGAGAAUGAAUAUCCAAAAUACAGCUUCAUGCAUCUAGAAGAAAACAACAACAUUGGAACAGUUUUUGUUAUUUAGAUUUUUGGAAACUAAGAAUUUGUACAAAUUCAUUUUCAAGAUCCUAACACUCUAAGUCUGAAUUUCCUAGCUCAAAUAUAAGCAUGUAAAAGGCCUGGAGAUGAUUGUUUUCUGUAUGGGGCAGUUAGUUAAUGUUUUACAUUCAGUGUUCUAAUUCAUAAUGUGUAUAGUCUCUCCACAUCACUCUUGUAGUACCAACCCUUGUGAUUAACUAACUUUGUGGAUUAUGUCCAACAGAUUGACUAACUUAACACACAUAAGAAGUUAAAUUUUAUGAUUCAACUCGAGAUAAUUGGAGAAGAAUGAUAAAAUAUAUUAACAAAUACUGAAUUCUUCCACAGUGCAUGGUAAUGCCAAUCUGGUGGGCUAAGAAUGGUUCUAUGUGACAUGAAGAAUGUGUGAUGCUGGUGACGAAAAGCUUGUACUGUUAUCUAUUUCGUAUAAAGGGAUUCCGGUCUCUCAAUAUUGUAUGUUAUGUGAUCUACAGCCUACAGCAAAUCACUUUAUGUUUUAUCUUCUAAGCAUCACAUGUUUUUCAUGCUAAUUAUGAUGUGGAAAACACCAUCAACUGAAGGAAAAUGUCCCCUGGCUGUUAGUGUUGGCAUCGCUAAUGGUAACAUAACACCUUUUAGGCAGCUACUCUGAUUAGUACCAGCGAGGGUUUUUGAUAAAGGCCAUCCGAAACAUUUGUAAUUACAAAAUUGACAUGUUAAGACAUGGCAUGAUCUCGCAAAGAAUUCAAACCUAGGAAUCUACAAAAAUGUCUCUGAACGUCAAUUGCAGCAAUGUAUUUGGCCUUUGGUAAGAUUUGAAAACAUUACUAAAUAUUAAAAACUUGCAGUAUUUUAUAAUGAACCAGGUCAAAUACAACCCCAGUCUCUGAAGCUAGAACUUGAUCUCAAUAUAAAUGUAUUUAAUUCUGUGUAGCAAAUCAGAGAAGUGGCUGAGAUUUUUUCAUUAAAUAUGUACAGCACAAUCCCUCGAGGUUUUUUUUUUGUUAAUUCAACAAAAUGUGACUGUGCUAAAGGUAAUGGUAAGCAUCUUGAAUUUUUAUUAUUGAUGUGAAAGUUUAAAGCUGGAUGUCAUUCUGUCUACAAGAAUAUAUAGAUAUGAAUGAUUUUUCCUUCAUGGGAUGGUUCGUUCCUCACUUCCUCUGAUCUCUCUAUGGUUAACCCUGGAUGUGCCGGGCAACAUUACAAGGGUAUUGUCAAUUUGAACAAUUUAAAAAGUAUAUUUUGAAUUGUACUUGUUAUUAAAACUAUCACGUUUUGGCGGGAAUUACAUCAUGUGAACUUCUGUGAUGUGGAGCUAAUAUCUUACCUCCCUUAUAUGGCGAAUAUUAUUACGUUUUAGUACCACAACUAAUGGAGAUUUUAUGCAAAGAAAGUAUAUAUUAUUUUUCUUGAAUUCUUAUGGCGUUGUUACAUCUUUUUUUUAAUUUCCCUCUUGUUUGAGAUGCAUAGUUUCUCCCACUGACCUAGAUGAAAGUGCUAAGCUGUUCUGUUCUCCUCCCUGUUUCGCUCGUGCCUUUAUUUAUGACGUGACCUGAUCGUACGUACAUGUAAUGUACUACUAUUAGACCGGCUUAAUGUACGUAUUUAUGACGUGGAUUAUCACUUGUAAUGACAGUACAUGGUACUCGUAUACUUCAAUAAAACUCUGUCCAGGACAACAAAUGUA